AUGGAAUGCCUCCACGCCCGGAUUCCAUACUCGUCAUGGCGUCUACGAGUAUUCAGACAGCUCUUCCUAUCACUUCCCAAUGGCACCCAUCCGAGCCGUCCCUUAAGCACAUCCCGUGAAGAAGACAGCAAAGAUGACAGCUCGAAGCUCGAUAAUUCCUCUUCCUCCUCCCCCCGUCCAUCCGAAUCACUCCCUCAAUCGCCUUUCCUGAAUCUCCCCCCAGGCGGACUCGAGAAGAAACGCAAGAAACGGCCAAAACCAGAGGACACAAAGGACCUGCGCAAUAACCCCUGGGCCAUGGCGCUGGUGUCUCCCCCGCGAAUGUGUUCAGCGACCGGAAUGAGGCUCCCAACUGCUUUCCUGACGAAGUGGGGUCUGGUCCAGCGGCCUGGUUCGGAGGAUUUAUGGCUCUUACCCGUGGACUAUAUGGAGGAUGAACUUGCUGCGACUACACACGCAGGUACAGACACACACCCAGAUGCAGAUUCUAAAGCAUCCGGAAAUAAUGCUAAACGAAAACGCCCCCUCGCUCUACGACUUGUCGACCGGCUUUUAGCCAUUAGAAUGAUUACGGAUACAUUUGCCCGCGUUGUUUCGUCGAAGAAAUCUCCCGCCCUGCGCUUGGCGCCCGCUCGAUGGAAGUACCCCCUCGGCCCUCUUACGCCCCGGGAAGAAGAUAAGAUUAUCUGGCGGCAGGAUAUGCCAGAUUUUCUUCUCGGGAGGAUGAGGAGGGAGGUUGUUGAGAGUCUGAAAAGGGCGUCUGAUCGGUUUAAGCACUCUGGUCGCGAGAAGGGGGUAUGGCGGGAGGUUGAGUUGGAUGGGGACUUCGAAGAUGCAAUUGUCGAGGGGUUGGGGCGAUUGCCGUCGUUUGAGCGUAUGGGGUGUGGUGUUGUGUUGAUCCUGGAGUCCGGAAGGCCAUUAUCAUCGUCGCCAGAACCGGCUGCCUUGAAUUCUUCGGUGUUUCCGGACUUUGUGACUCUCCCGCAGACCAAGUCCAAGGUUCCCGUACUCGAUCUUUCCGUACUUCUCUCGGAAGAUGAUCUUAACGCGCUCCGGGAGCAUCAUCCACGUUUCCGGGAGAGGAUGCUGUUCUUCCGGGCUGACGACCGUGUCACGGUGGAUGCAAUUAUCAGUCUGUGGAGGUUCAAGGGGUCGGUCAUGCAUGACAGGCAAUAUUUAUCCUAG